AUGGAGCACCUUCACAGCCGUAUCCCAUACGCUCAAUGGCGUCUUCGAAUUUUCCGCCAAUUAUUUCUUCCAUCCGGCUCGUCUAACCCUGGCUUUUUGCCCCGUCGCGCGCAUUCUAGCAACAGCCGUGUCCAGGAAGACCACGAUGCAACCACCAGAAAUCACAAACACCGCAGGAAUAGGACUGAUAGCACUGGACCUACGAUCCCACCGUCUCAACUUCUACCUCAAUCGCCCCUUAUCACACACCCCAAUCCCGGCCGCGCCAUCCGUCACCGCAAGAAACGCCUGCCCACCCGCGAUGACCUCUCCGAUUCCGAUCUUAGUAACAACCCUUGGGCCGUAGCACUCGCAUCUCCAGUCCGCAUGUGCAGUGCCACAGGAUUGCGAAUGCCCAAGGCCUUCUUAACCGAGUGGGGGCUGGUAGAGCAGCCCGCCUCCGCAGCAGGCUCCAACCUCGAUCCAAAAUCUCGACCAGGCACCCCAAUCGAAAAAAUAAAACAAGAAGGCAAAGGGUUGUGGAUCCUUCCCGUUAAUCUCAUAAAAGAGUAUCUGGGAGACCCAGCUGAAGAGGGCAAUGGCAAGGCGGCCACUCGCCGCAGCCUCAGACUUCGCAUGGUCGACCGCAUGCCCAUCCUCCAGAAAAUCUCAAACGCGGUAAUACGCAGCCGUAAGGCAAAGCACUCGCCUUUUUUGCCCAUGAUCCCUCUCCGUUGGAAAUCUCCGUUCGGGUCCCUUACUUCUGCCUGUGAAUCGCGUCUGGCCUGGCGGUUUGAUAUGCCCGAUUUCGUGCUGAGGAUGAAGCGUAAGGAGGUGAUGAAGCAGCUAAAGUGUGCAUCUGACGGGUUUAAAAAGCGGGAUGUGAAUAACGUAUGGGUAUCUUUUGAUGCCUCGUACCCGUAUUCGGGUGAGACGCUUCUGGAGGGACUAACGACGGAGGGGACCGCCCGAGGGGUGACGUUCGAACACAUUGAGCGCGGUGUCUUCCUAGUCUUUGGGGAUGGCACUGGCAAUGGCAUUGAUACCAGUACUGGCGAGGCGGAUAUUGCACCGGAGAUCGUCACACUCCCGGGGAUAGAUAGGAAAGUUCCUGUUUUCGAUCUUUCACGGCUCUUUUCCAAGGCCGAGUUUGAGGAGAUUCGAGCUUAUCAUCCACGGUUCCAGAAGUCUGCGGUGCUCCUCAGGCCAUCUAACAAGGUUACUGUUGAUGCAGUUUUGGGUUUAUGGCAUUUGCAGGGAUAUCUCAGGCCAACGCUUUCAAAGCGUUGA